AGGGAAGAGGGAGGGAGGGGGGAUGGGGAAUUCGUUCGGCUGCUCGGCCUCCGGCGAGCGGCUGGUCUCGGCGGCGAGGGACGGCGACUUGGUCGAGGCGAAGAUGCUCCUCGACUGCAACCCUUGCCUCGCCCGCUACUCCACCUUCGGCGGCCUCAAUUCCCCGCUCCAUUUCGCCGCCGCUAAGGGCCACAACGAGAUCGUGGCGCUGCUGCUCGAUAAUGGAGCUGAUGUGAAUUCCAGAAACUACUGUGGGCAGACGGCGCUUAUGCAGGCGUGUCGAUACGGGCAUUGGGAAGUUGUUCAGACACUUCUGCUUUUCAGAUGCAACGUUACAAGAGCGGAUUAUCUUAGUGGGAGGACGGCUCUUCAUUUUGCAGCUGUGAAUGGGCAUGUCAGGUGUAUAAGAUUAGUUGUGGCUGACUUUGUCCCAAGUUCUCCUUAUGAAGCAAUAGCCAGGCAGCUGUAUGUGGACAGAGGCGAUGGAGCAAAUGGGAAAGGCAAAUGUGACCAGAGUGCGCUGUCCAAGUUUGUAAAUAAGGCGGCUGAUGGGGGUAUCACAGCUCUUCAUAUGGCAGCGUUAAAUGGGUAUUUUGAUUGUGUACAACUUUUGCUUGACCUUCAUGCAAAUGUAUCGGCUGUGACAUUUCACUAUGGGACAUCCAUGGAUUUGAUAGGAGCGGGCAGUACACCUCUGCACUAUGCUGCUUGUGGAGGGAAUCUUAAGUGCUGUCAGAUACUUCUUGCAAGAGGUGCUAGCCGGAUGACUUUAAAUUGCAAUGGGUGGCUUCCUCUUGAUGUUGCUAGAAUGUGGGGGCGGCAUUGGCUUGAGCCGCUAUUAGCUCCUAGUUCUGAUUCGUUAAUCCCUUUGUUUCCUCCGUCAAAGUAUUUGUCUUUGCCUCUGAUGAGCGUUCUCAACAUAGCAAGAGACUGUGGGCUGCAACUUUCCACAACCUCCUCCGAUGAUACGGACAUUUGCGCUGUCUGCUUGGAGAGAGCAUGUAGUGUUGCAGCUGAAGGUUGUGGCCAUGAGCUUUGUGUGAGAUGCGCUCUAUAUCUUUGCUCCACAAGCAACAUAUCUUCGGAGGUGGUGGGACCACCUGGGUGUAUCCCAUGCCCACUUUGUAGACACGGAGUUAUUGCUUUCGUCAAAAUUCCCGGUUCCCCUGCUAAGGAGAUCAAACUUCACACUUCCCUCGCCCUCUGUAACCCCUGCAUUCUUCAUCAAUGUGAUCCAGAGUGUCCUCCAGCAUGUACACCAGAUUUUAGGAAAAGCCGUGUAGCUUCUGUUUCUUCAGAUCUUUUUUGCCCCGUCACCUGUAGCCCAUUUCCUUCUGUUGCCAUUCCGCUAUGCACAUGCAAUGACAGGCCUUGCCCAUCUUUUGAGCCCGGAGAGGAAGAUGCACAGGGGGAAACUCCCCAUCAUUCACAAGUGAUAGCAACAGAACAAGAUAAAGUGGACAGGCCUAGAGUGGAGAGAACGACAUGCUCAAGCAUGUUUUGGGGCAGAAGAAGUUGCAGCAGGGAAAAUCAGUGCAACUCGGAGAUAAAUGCCUGAUCCCUGUAUAUGGGAACCUAGGGCUCCUUAAAGGUCCUCUAUAUCGAGUUUUGAUUCACGGUGACGAAAUUUAGGCUUAAAUGGGAGCGGAGGAAGAAGAUUUUCAGAUUUUACGCGUGCUUCUUUCUUGUUGGGCUCGAUGCUUGUGGGUAAGUAAAUUCAUGUUAUUGGAGGAUGACUGACUGCAAACGCUUUCUGUAUUGAUUUUUUGAAAUUAUUCAGGAGGGUUUGUAAAAGAGGACAUCUGUCCGGAGAUUUGUAGAUUAUUAGUGAAUGCCACUCAAAAAGUGUACACUUUGUUUGCUCUA